AAAAUUCCUUCAUCAAAACAAAAGAAAAAAAAUAAAAUUAUUGUGAAGAGAGGUUCCUCCCCAAGUGUGUGACCCUUAAACAUGAGAGAAGGAGAAAAGGCAUGAGCAAUUCGACACCAAAACGGAGAGGAAGAACAGAGGGAGCAAAAAAAAAACCACUCUCACCGAAACCGUUUCUUCUUUCCUCUCUAACGAUCCUCAAUUCGGUUACCGGUUUCGUUUCCCUUUAUCAGAAUCUCUCCGUCGGCGAUCGCCAUAGAGUACCUGAACUUUUUCCGAGGCUGUUGCGGUGGAAGAUUCAGUGUGUUCGAGUUUUUAGUUCUGGGUUUGGUUGCCAUGGACAAAUUGCUUUUCAAAGCUUGUAUGGGAACUCAAACUAUGUAGAAAUGUUUAAAGAAGCAGGAUAUUUUUAGAUUGAAAUGUUGAUAUUGUUAUAUGUCAACAACUUAUUGAGAAAGUAGACAAGAACAUUGAGAAGGAAGGUGACUGAAAUGGAGUGCAAUAAGGAUGAGGCUACCAGAGCUAAAGAAAUUUCUGAGAGGAAGUUUGCUGCAAAGGAUACAUUGGGUGCAAAGAAAUUUGCUUUGAAGGCCCUAAAUUUAUUUCCUGAUCUUGAGGGUAUUUCUCAAAUGGUAGCAACACUUGAUGUGUAUAUUGCUGCUGCGAAUAAAACAAAUGGAGAAGCAGAUUGGUACGGUGUGCUUGGUGUGGACCCUCUUGCUGACGAUGAUACAGUCAGGAAACAAUACAGGAAGUUAGCUCUCCAACUUCACCCUGAUAAGAACAAGUCCAUUGGAGCUGAUGGGGCCUUUAAACUCAUCUCGGAGGCGUGGAGUUUACUAUCAGAUAAGGCUAAAAGGGGAGCGUAUGAUAAGAGAAGUGGAAGAGAACGAAAAGUUUCUACUAAGUUUGGAGGUUCAUCAUCACAAAAAGGGACUAAUGGUGGUUUCAAUUUCACUAAGACUGCCCCUUCACGUGCAACUCCUCAGAAGAAUACUGCAAAAGACCACACUUCAUCUUCUACUUAUAAGUCAAAAUCAAAUACAUUUUGGACUGUUUGCCGUCGAUGUAAAAUGCAGUAUGAGUAUCUUAGAGUUUAUCUUAACCUUAAACUCUUGUGUCCCAACUGCCAUGAGGCAUUUGUGGCUGUAGAAACUGCUCCUCCACCUGCAAGUGGUAUUAGACCUGCUACUCAAUGGAGUUUUCCACACAAGCAAAAUUCCAGCCGCCAAUCUAAUAAAAGCAAAUCUAAUGCUGGAAAGAAUAACAUGGCUGCCCCAAAUGUUGGAGGAGGGUCUUGUAGUAAGACUGACUCCUAUGAAAAAGCCAAUUUCCAGUGGGCUCCAUUCUCAAAAGCAUCUGGUGUUUCUAAUGUUGCUCAAGCUGCAAGUGUGGUUCAGCAGGUAUAUGAUAAGGUGAAGCGAGAUCGUGAAGAGGCACAAGCAGCUAGCAAAAGGGAAGAGGCCUUAAAAAGGAAGCAGCAUGCUACUAAAAAGGGUUACUAUAGUCCUGCUAAGAGAAGAAGAGGAGGGGGCAUGGAGGAUUCUAGUGCAAGUAACCAUGGUAAGGAAACAAACUUAUCCAGAUCUAAACAGGGUAAUUUUGAAUAUAAUAGCGUUAAUGGAAUCAACAAGACUGGCCGUGUGGGAGAUAUCUCCCCAGUUCAACUGAAGAAUCUUCUUAUGGAAAAAGCUAGAAAAGAAAUUAGCAAUAAACUCAGGCAAGUUCAGUCAAAUGCUGUUGAUAAAACUGCGAUGAAAGAGAAUGGAAAUGACUUCCAAGAAGUGAGUGAGAAAGGAGAAAAAUGUUCAAGAAACUCUGAGAUGUGUGCUCAAGAUAACAUUGAGAAGUCAGAAGAUAGAAAGAGCGGAUCCCGAGCCAUCAAGCCAUUUGCAGGUACUACAAUUGCUAAAGUUAGCAGAAAAUUUUUGGAAACAACACCUGUAGAUGUACUAGAUCCUGAUUUCCAUGAUUUUUGCAAAGAUCGAACUGAAGGAUCUUUUGGUGAAAAUCAAGUAUGGGCCGUGUAUGAUAACGAUGAUGGGAUGCCUCGAUUUUAUGCGAUGAUUCACCGCAUCAUCUCCCUGAAUCCAUUCAAGAUGCAGAUCAGUUGGCUCAACCCAAAUACCAACAGUGAACUGGGCCCCCUAAAUUGGGUUGCUUCAGGCUUUUCAAAAAUUUGUGGGGAUUUCAGAACAAGCAGACCUGAAAUUUGUGGUUCAACCAAUUUUUUCUCCCACAAGGUUAGGUGGAAAACAGGUGCUGAUGGAGCCAUUUGUAUAUAUCCGAGGAAAGGCGAUGUUUGGGCCAUAUACAGGAACUGGUCUCCUGACUGGAAUGAGCUAACUGCAGAUGAGGUUAUACACAAGUUUGAUGUGGUUGAAGUACUUGAGGAUUUUACUGUAGGGCAUGGUAUAGAUGUUAUUCCUCUGGUCAAAGUGGCUGGAUUCAGGACAGUGUUUCACCACCACUUAGAUCCAAAAGAAAUUAGGAUCAUUCCGAGGGAAGAGAUGUUUCGAUUCUCUCAUCAAAUACCUUCAUAUGUACUCACUGGUCAAGAAGCUCCAGAGGCUCCAAAGGGUUGCAGGGUGCUGGAUCCAGCUGCUACUCCAUUUGAACUUCUUCAGGUAAUAGAAGUUGUGAAGAAGGGAGACGUGGCAGACGAUGAAGAUAGUGAUGUUAAAAAGACAAGUGAUGACAUGAAAAAAGAUAACAAUGACCAAAUGAUCGAUGCUAUGGGAAAACAUGGGGAAGAAAAGGAGGCAAAGGACGAAGAGAUGCAGGAAGUAGAAACAAGUGAUAGCAUGAAAAAGCCAAUAAUGAGGAAAUGACCUAUGAUACCAGAAGACUUGGGGAAGAAAAGGAGGGAAAGGACAAAGACAUGCAGGAAGUAGAAACAAGUGAUAGCAUGAAAAAGCCAAUAAUGAGGAAAUGACCAAUGAUACCGGAAGACUUGGGGAAGAAAAGGAGGGAAAGGACAAAGACAUGCAGGAAGUGGAAACUUUGAAAGAAGAGGACAAAGAGAAAGAGGAUAUGCAGUAGGUUGUAGCAGCGAGGGGAUGUAACAUGCUGAAGGAAAUCAACUUUUGGAAUCUCUGGCUCCUGCAAGGGAAUGAAGAAUACAGAAAGCCAGAAUUAAUUUGACAAACUACGUUCCAAAAUGAGAUGACAUUGUGAUUAUUCAUUGGAUGGAUCAAAGAUUCCAAUCAUUUUCUCUUAUCCAACCAUCAUAUUUUAUAAAGGGUAAAUUUUGUCAUUUUUUUUUUCUGGCUACAACUUGUGGGGGAAUUUCCCUUCUGUUCUAACAUUGCAAUAGCUGUCUUCAACGGUUGAGGUUGAAUGGUUGGGCUCCAGGUCGUACCAAACAAUUGGAAUGAUUUGGUUGUUCCUUCUGCGAAUGUUGUUCUACAUUGAACAUUUGUUUGAGGUAGACCUACUUUAUUAGUUGAUUUAUGGGUCAGGCUCCAUGCCCUUUUUUAUUUACCUUUUAGGGUCUUACUCAAUUUUGUUUUGUAAAGCAGAUUUAGAUUUAAAGUGUAGCCAUAGUCUGGUUCCUAUUCAGACUGUGUUUUGUCU